AUGCAAGGGGGGGACGAAAGCGACUUCUCGGACGAUGAUGUGUGGGCUGGCGAUGAAGCCAAGGUUGUGCCCGCGCAGGUGGACACCAAGGAGCAGAAGCAUGCCAAACAGGGCUAUGUCGACGGACUAGCUAACGCGAAAGAGGGCAGCUUGCAGACCGGCUUUGACAACGGCUACGGGCAGGGUGCUGCUCUUGGCGAGAAGGCUGGCGAGAUCUUGAGCACCUUGAGGCAAUUAUCGCUAGCCGGAAACACAAAGGCUGGCGAACUUUUUGAGACGGCCAAGGCGGAGUUGAACAUCCAGAACGUGCUUUCCGUGGCGUACUUUGACGACAAUCUUGACCUCGAGGCGCAGCACAAGGUUAUUCAGAAAUGGGAAGAGGCGGUGGAUAAAGUGAGUCAAUAG